GUGUGCUGGCUAAGUGCAUUGUGACAAAAAUUAUCUGCUUACUGUUUUGUUUUCGGUAAACGCUUGUAAGGUCAAAACAUUAUUGAUUUGAAUUGCACGUAUGCUGAACCAAAGGUGCCACUUGACUUUAUGGAUUUGACUUGUUGCAUUAUAAAGAGGCAACCAUUUAGUCACGCAUAUUUGGCUGAGGCGAAUGCAUUACACAUCGGACUUUGUGUUCCUCUUCUUUAAUAUCAGUUUACACCGAUGCACAACCUCGUAAUGGCUGUGGCACUUUGGCCUGUGAUUCUACUCCUGAUCCUUGGCUGCUCCAGUUUAAAAGCUUUAGAUGAGAAGCGAGUGUGGGAAAUGUUGAAUUUAGAGCGCGGUCUCCUGCAGAAUUUGCGUGACUAUGCCGAAAAGAUGGAGGAGAAGAUCAGCCUCAUAAACAAUUCUUUGGAAGAAUACAUCGACGAUAUAGAAGAGGCCAAUAGGAAUCCCGAGAUGUACCUUUCCAAUCCCCUGAAUUCCUUCCGAUUGAUCAGACAUAUGCACCAGGACUGGGUCGGCUGGCAAGUGUACAUGGAGGAACCGGUGGCACCCGAUGCGGUGGAGAAGCUGGAGCGCCUCCUGCCGCAGCUUCCUCAUAAGGAAGCCUUCAGGAACGCGGCCAGGGAAGUGCAUAGCCUGACCCAGUUCUACGGCUACGAACCUGCUGAUCUGGUGGCCAAAAACGAACGAAACAGUUCCUUGCAUCUGUCUCCAUUGGACUGCUAUCACUUGGGACUGGAGCUCUACGAGGAUCAGGACUAUCGGGGCGCGGCCAAGUGGCUACAAGUGGCUGCCCAUAACUACACCAUCUCGCGGCGCAGAGAUUUGUACGAUCUACUGGGCGCACCACGCUGGCAGGUUUAUCGAGAUCUGGGCAGGGCCCUCCAUAAACUGAAUCGACCGUCCGCUUUUGACGCCUACGAAUCAGCACUUCGCUUGGAUUCCCAGAACGUGCACCUUAUGAAGGAGGCGGGCCAAAUGGAGCUCUUCGGCCUGAGGGAUCCUAUGGAACCCAUACUAGAUCUUGAGCCGACACCCACUGUUCUGGAUAAAUAUUGUCGAGGCGAAGUGCCGCGGAUUCAGGGUCGUCUGACGUGCGAGCUUAAUGACUGGGUCCAUCCGUUCCUAGUCUACGCCCCCAUUAAAUAUGAGGAUCUCCAACAGGACCCUUUCACUAUCCUGUAUCCAGGAAGCAUCUACGAACAGGAAAUUAGGCAUGUGGAGAACGCCUACGAACGGUGUCCACCCAAUGCUCGCUUCGAUCUCAAGCAGGGAAUCACUGGGUGUUCCAUCUCCGAUGGAUAUAGUCCUGUGCUGAAACGCAUCAACGAGCGCAUUUUGGACAUGGCAGGAGAGGAACAUACCUGGGAGACUUUCUACAUAGUGGAGCACUCUCAGUUGACCCCUUUUGAACCGUUUAAGCUGUUUAGGAACUCCACAAAGUUCCCAAAGCUAAACCUUUUGAAUUUCGAGGAUGUGGAGGCCAAAGUAAUUAUAUUCGUGAGUGGUACUACUAAUCUAUGUUUCUCCCGAUCCUCCACUUUUUCAUCCAUAUGUCAGCUGAAAGAUGUGACUUUGGGCGGGUCCUUUACCAUGCCAAAAGGUGUUCUUGUUCAACCCAAGAGGGGUAAUGUGCUGAUAACCUUUGGGAAUAAAGAGCACUCCACUUCCAUUUGUCCCAUCAUCGAGGGCACUGGGUUAGUUAUGAUCAAGUUUAUCAUGAAGAAAGACGAGUAAGAGCUUUAAUAAUGAGCCUAAUAUCAUAAGCAAAGACGUAGAAUAAAGUGUACUACUAUACUUUUUGAAUGAGAA